GGUCGCUCGCUGCCUGUGGGAGGGGCCAAAUGUUUCGACAUCGCCUCACCCGGCGUGAACGACAACGACCGAGCUAAAUGGUGCUUCGACACGGCAGCUAACGUUUGGGAUUUACAUUUCCUCCAGUAAAUUGAUAUAUACAUUUAUGUUAUUGUGGAGCCGGACUUUACCACCAUGUCUCUCUACGAAUAUGUCACCCAGGAGCAGCUCGCGGGCUUCGACAAAUAUAAGGUAUGAUUAAUUAACAGCCUGUUAGCAGUUAGCCGCUGAGCCGAUGGUGUGCGCGUGGGUACGUGUGUAAGUGUGCGGGAGCGCGUGCAAGUGUGUAAGUGUGUGUAUGUGUGAGUGUUUAACAGCUUACAUAUCUGUCACGAUCUGCAGGGUGAUUCCCUUUGAAUGAGUAAAGUGAGACAUAAUUAACGGACUGUACACCGAGUGAUGGUCAGAUUAUCUUCAAAAAUAAAAGCACGACGAAGGAACGCUAUAGUUUCAUCUAACCCUAGUUUGUAAUUCAUUAAUGUAUUUUAUAUAAUAGUAAUAAUAAUAAUAGCUUUAUUUGUAUAGCACUUUUCAAAACAGAAACAACAACAAAAAAUUAAAAAAUGAGACCAUGGAGAAAAAGAGAAAACAUAAUAUUGUUAAGAAAGAAAAUGCAAUUGAAAGGGGGGGUCAAGAGCGGAAACAAGAUAGGAAAUAUAAAAGGCAAUCUCAACAAUGAUAAUAAAGUCAUUGCAGGUAAUAAACUGAUAAUCAUUGUAGUGAUAAAAUAGAGCAACAGAAAUUAACAAGAGAUAAACAAUAAACAGCUUAAAAGGUCCCCAUAGAAACAGAAGUUUACAAAGUGCUUUGACAUGUUCUUGUGUCUUUGAGUGUUUUUAAAAGCGCUGUACAAAUAAAAUGAUUUAUAAUUAUUAUUAUAUAGUCAUAGAGCACAUGGAGAAAGACAGAUACAAACAAAAAAGCUCAGUCAAAACAGAAUUUAAGGGCCAUUUUAAUGUCAUGAGGAACCCAGACAAUACAAGAACCAUGCAACAUAAUGAGAUAAUGAGACCAUGAGGACCAAAAUAUAAACACGAAAUAGUUAAGAAUAAAGAAAAUGCAAUUAAAAAGGGAAACAGGAUAGUAAAUAUAAAAGGCAAUAUCAACAAUGAUAAUAAGAUAAUAACAGGUAAUACUGAUAAUAAUUGUAAUGAUAAAAUAGAGCAACAGAAAUGAGCAAGAGAUAAAACAAUAAAAGACCUAAAAGGUUAAUGAAGAAAAGAGUACAAGGAUAACAAAGCUAAAAUGAUUUAAUGUUUAUUUUAACUGUACAGUAGGUCCUAUAACUAAGUGUUUAGGCUGGGGACAACAAUUAUACUGGCAUCAAUGGGAUGUAUUUACUUAAUGUACUGUAACACAUGAAAUAAUGGUGUUUAAACACUAAUUUAACAAUGAAAUGUUGUCCUAAACUAUAGGUCCAGUGAGCAAAACAAUACAGUGGACAUUUCUAUUCAAUACAUUAACAUGUUAUCACACCGUAGCAGGAUAAAUCAAAAAUAUUACGUCCAGUAUGUACUUUAUAAUGGGAAAAUGCAGCUAUUCUGUGAUGAUUGAUAAGGGAAACUGUGAAAAACUGUUAUUUUUGUAUUAUUCUCAAUAUUUGUCCCAAUUCAUAUCACAACUAUAAUGCAUGAGUCAGACAUGAUAAAUCGUUGUGCAAAUAUUGUUCAAGGUAAUGCAUAUUUUGCUCCAGCGUUCUUUUAUUUUGAAAAGAUGUAACGGAAGUUACCUUCUACAAUCUUGUUAUUCACAGGGCACAUCUAGCUAAUGGUUAGCUAGCCACUCCUUGUGUGUACUGCAGUGCCUGGCAAAGAAAUCAGGCUUUAAUGCGCGUUUUUAGACACACCCGUUUGUUUUACUCUAAAUGUAAUAAAACAGUGUUCAAGUUUUCUCUUCAUACUGAAACCACAGCAUGAAGAAAAGUAGCUGCUGUAAUUAAUAAGUGAGGAGACUGCACUCAACUUGAACCAGGACACUGAUGGAUGAUCCCAACAAUGGGGAAAUCCCUAGUAUCACCGGUGUAAAAAAAAUGCUGUUCAAAGGUUAAAACAUACAUAAGCAGUGUCAUCCUCUCUACAUGAAACACGAACCUUUGAGUGUUAAGUUAAUGACCAUGAACAUGAGCUACAAGGAGCCUGUUGUCCUGUCAGAGAGCUGUGGAAAACAGCAGUAAUAUUUAUCACACAUCACAAGACAUGUCAGUUAAAAUAGAGUUGAUGUCUUUUGAUUCAUUUUAUCUUUGUUAUGGUGUAUGAUAUUAAGGUUCGAUGUAAAUAAAAGCAGUUACCUUCUCUUAGUCCUUAACCCUGGAACACUAUCGCUAGAAUUAGUAACACCAUCACUAUCGCUGGGUGAUUUUUACCCGAAAUAAUAUACCCAAGAAAAAGUUCUUGUUAUCAAAAUAUGACGAUCUAUGACAAAUUAAAGUAGUUUUCUUUUACUUUUAACUGUGCAAUGUCCAAAGGGAGGGAAAAAUGUGCAACAAAAUAACUGAAAUUAGGCAUCCAUGAACAAAAAAUUACCCCCCUAAAAUACAUAUAUAUAGAAACUGUAAACUUGGUUUCUUUUCCACUCAUUCCUGGGGCAUGUGAGUCUUCCCUCGUGAAGACUCAGGGUCCUUGGCACAAUAACAGCUGCAGGAGAGAAAACCAAAACUCUAUGAAUUCCCUUGAAAAUCACUACUUUGUGAUAGUUAUUCAUAACCACUGCGCUAAAUAAAGAUAGCAUGCAAAUUCCAGGACUACUCUUAUUUACCUUAUUCCCUACAUGCAGCUAUCAAAUCCACCCAAACCUACUUUACCCUCUGAAAGUCACCCGAACAUGUUUUGGAUCAGGGAAACAAAUACGCCUUCAAAGAUGUCAAAGGCAAUGCUGACGCUACCCGAGGAUCCAUGAUACUCAGACAAACGCAACAUAAUAAAAAUCACGUAAACAUGUUUGGUCGGGGCGAUAGUGUUCUAGGGUUACGUCCCAAACAGCUUCUGAAGACGGUACCACCUCCUUUGAUUAUUGCGUGAAACUGCGCCCAUGAGCUGUUUAUCAUGAGAGACCUUUUUCCAAUAAUUGCUUUUUAAGUGGCUCCAUUCAUGUCUCAGCUGCUGAGCCCGGAGCGUCAAUGGCCGGAGAGGAGAGCACCGGGAGAAUAGUGGAUUUCUUCAACACACUGUUUGUGCAGCGUUUCAACCGUACUGUUGGAAAGCACAUGAGAGACGGAGACAGUUCCACCGAUUAUGUCUUUUUCAUGCUGUAACAGUCCCUCCCUGUCUGUGUCUGACUCAACAGAGACUGCCAGGCUACCUUGGCGUUGUAAUAACCCGUGCCUUAGUGUGCUUUUGUUUGCCACUGUGAUGUUUGUACAAGGUGAGAGUGUGAGUUAUGGUCACAGAGACUUUAAUAUGAGGAAGUGAUGAAUCAUAGUGGUUGGGCGUGCUUGAACACCAUCUUUCAACAUCACUCCAAAUCAUGCUGGCUGUCUUCACCCACAGUGGACAUCCUAAAUCGAAACUAUAGUCCAUCAUGCCCUCGUUGGGGAUCAGUAGCAGGCGCGCACACGUUACUCAAGUGAGUGGAUAAAGUGACACAGACUGGCAUCAGGUUUGUUUGAUAUGCAUGAUAACAGGCGACCAAAAUCACAAGUCAUGUGAGGUGAUGUGGAGCUCCUUAUCCGUCAUAGAAGAAGAAGAAGAAUGAAUAAAACAGGAGAAAUGCAGAUUUUUGCAUGUGCUGAAUCACGACUUGUCUUAUUAUCUCUUUGCAGUACAGCGCAGUGGACUCCAACCCCCUGUCCAUCUACGUCAUGCACCCUUUCUGGAACUUUGUAGUGAAGGUGAGAAAGACCUGUCAGGCCCUGUGUGUGUGUGUGUGUGUGUGUGUAUGUGUGUGUGUAUCCUUCCUUGUGUCCCUCAGCAUGCAUCAUUCAUGACGUUUCCAGCCGUCUGCUGUGAUACAGUAACAAGUCCUCCUUAUCCAACACCACCACCACCACCUCCUCCUCCUCCUCUUCUGUGUGUGUCAGAACACAUCAGCCAUUGAUUGUUACACUUUGUUCUGGCCUCUGGAGAUACUGUGCUGUCAUCGAUGCACUUAUGUGUUCAUGUGGCUGAUAAAACACACGUGAUUUUUUUUUUAAGAGGGGCUUCUUUGUGAACUGUAUCCUGAUGUCCUGACAUGAUUAUCAGCAUGUGAAGCAGCCUUUAUUUUUCAUGUUGUACCUGCUUGAUAAACAGAAAUCACAUUCAUGAAGAGCAACAAUAGUAAUAUCUCCUUAAAGGGAUAUUCCUUAAAUUAAUUUAGGGUCAAACACACCGUAACACCGGGUUAGACACCCCCUCGAGAGAUGAAUGUUGCUGACUGCUUGCUUCUCUAGUUAUACCAACUUAAGUUACGACCGCACCAUAGCAAUACACAAACGCCACUCUAUAGUCACAAACAAUGCUCAGAACAGCACCUAUCUUCAUCAACAGGACAUAUAGGGUCCCAGCCAUAGUCAUAGACACCAAACUUCUUAUAACUUUGCCUAAUUUCUUUAGCAAAGAGACUAAACACAACUCACCCUCUGCUGCGGGGUUUCACAGCUCAAGGAAGAACAUUUAAGAUAAUUUCUUGAUGGAAAUGCAAUCAGACUGAGACACUGAGGCAGAAGAACUACAACGUCUGCAGUGCAAAAUGAUUAUUAUGAUGAUUAUUACGUCAAGGAAAUGAUAAAGAUAAUGAUCAUAAAUGUUCUUCCUUGAGCUGCGUCACCCCACUGCAGUCAAAGAUGGACUAGCUGCUGGAGGAGAGUAGGUGAGUUGUGUUUAGUCUCUUUGCUAAAGAAAUUAGGCAAAGCUAAAAAGAUGUUUGGUAACUAGUAUAAUAGCAGGGACCCUAUAUGUCCUGUUGAUGAAGUUAGGUGCUGUUCUGAACAUUAUUUGUAGCUAUAGAGUGGCGUCUUUGUUGAAGUUUGUUUACGGCUCCUCAGACCGCUGUGUAUUGCUAUCGUGCGGUUGUUACUAAAGUUGGUAUAACUAGAGAAGCAAGCAGUCGGCAACAUUCAUCUCUCAAGGGGGUGUCUAACUCGGUGUUACGGUGUGUUUAACCCUACAUUAAUUUUACGCUGGAAUAUCCCUUUUAAUAAUUUAGCUAAUGUCUUAAUGAUUAUCUGUUUCCUCUCACUGUCUUUCCUUCUCAACAGUUUUUACCAACAUGGCUGGCUCCAAACCUCAUCACAUUUACCGGCUUUAUGUUCCUCGUGUUGAAUUUCCUCAUGUUGGCCUUCUUCGACUUCGACUUCACUGCUUCUGGUAGGUCCUACUUCCUUUACCCAUGUGUAGUGUUUUGUGUAGGAGUCUCAAAGGAGCUGAAAAGAACCUGAGGCGUGUAUUUUGGUGAGUUUGUUUACGAAAGCCAAAGUCCAUGACCGAGAGUAACAUGACUGCCAAUUCUAGCUCAGGGUAAUCACUAACCCGUUUCAUUCUUCAGGCCCACACAGGCUCUACACACACAAAUACACUAUCCCUGGAUCAUAAACAAAGUGAAAUAGGUAUGAUUAAAAUGCAAACACAGCUGAGGUUUUGCUCUUACCUCUAGAAGCCGCUACAAAAACAGGCCAAAGUGUCCUCCAAUGGAUAUAUCCUUUCACCUGCUAAUAAAUGUAGACACAGUUGUUGUUCAGCUUCUUAUUUUACAGAAUAGAGAUGUUUGUGACACUCUGAGAAACACUGACAAAGCAGAAAUUUGUUCAGGCUAAUCCAUAGCUCCAGGGUGAUCUUUUUUUGACUCUGUGGUAUGCUGCAUGUUUGUGUCACAGCUGCAGGCCAAGUACACGUGCCUAGCUGGGUCUGGGUUGCUGCAGGGAUCUUCAACUUCUUGGCCUACACACUCGGUGAGUCCUGACCCCUGCGACCUCUGUGUGUUUAUCUCUUCCUAUGGAAUGUAUUCUGUUCAGCGGAGCUGUAUUCCUGUCCAGUAUGGAGGACGUGGGGGGGCUGUGGGUGAGAAGCAGACACUUGCUGCCAAGAUGAACUUUAUCUUAUAUCCUCUCUAAGAAAAGUUGCAGUGUUAGUGAGGACUGUAUACCCUUUUAUCGGCUAAAAAACAGUGUACCAAAAUCAACAGGUUGUCAGAAGAAAUAUUAGUUAGAUGCAUGAAACUUUUAAAGUCAGGGAAAGUUGAAAUAACUCGCUGAAAUCGACACUCUUGUGACGUUUUUUUGCUUGUAGACUUUUAUAAAGUUAAUACUAAUGUCUGGAAUUGCUGCAGAGGCCACAGAAAAAGACUUUUUUAAACCCCCCAACUUCACAUCAGUAACUGUACACUGACUCUUUGCAUGCAGCCUUAUAGUGUUAAAGGUAUAGUCUGGCGUAAAAUUAACUCUAUAGCCACAAAUAAUGCUCAGAACAGCACCUAACUUCAUCAAAAGUACAUACAGGGUCCCGGCCAUAGUACUUUGCCUUAUUUCUGUAGCAAAGAGACUAAACACAACUCACCUACUCUCUUCCAGCAGCCACUUGUUUGUAGCGAGACCUCAGGCCAGUCCAUAACAGACUGCAGCGGGGUGACGCAGCUCAAGGAAGAACAUUUAUGAUCAUUUCUUCAUGGAAAUACAAUCAGACCGAGACGCUAAAGCAGAAGAACUACCGCGUCUGCAGUGCAAAAUGAUCAAUAUGGUAACUAUGACUUCGAGGAAAUGAUAAAGAAAUGAUCAUAAAUGUUCUUCCUUGAGCUGUGUCACCCCGCUGCAGUCUGUUAUGGACUGGCCUGAGAUCUUGCUACAAACAAGAAGCCUUAAAGUGGACCAGAAGUCCUAAAGUGGACCCUAAAUUAAUUUUAUGCCAGAAUAUCUCUUUAAAACAUUACUGAAACAAAAGUUUGUUAAUAUAGUAGAGGUGGGCACAUUCACUAUGGUUCAAAAAAGUAAGAGAUCAGCUCACAUUGCCCCAAUUUAGAUGUUGAAUUUCAUGAAAAGAAUAUAAAAAGUUCACACAGUCAGGUUUGGUACAUCCUGCUUUUUUCCUCAGUUGUUUAUCACAUGCCUGACUUAUGUAAGGGGCAAAAUCAGCAGAGGGGAAAAAAAAAAAUUUACACUGUCUGUGAAGUGAAGCUCACACAUGCACUAUUAAAAACUUCUACAAAGUUUUCAACCCGACUCUGACCGGGGCUUUUCCUCAGUAAAAAGUCCUCUCUGAGUCAGGAUGAGUGAGAGAGGAAACCCAACCGGGUGUUGGAGUUGAUAUCGUGUGAUCGGUGCGCUCCCAACAGAGUCGAACGUAAUGGGAUGAGCAGAUAAUCCCAGCCAUGAUAAACAUAAGAGUAAGUUUCACUGUGGUACUGAUGAAAUUUGGGAAAAGCUGAUGAAUAUCUGUCAACAGUAGAAACGCGUACACUCCCUUGUUUUACUAUUGAAACGGCCUCUAGGGAAACAUUCCACGCUACAUCCUGAAACGGCUUUAACUGACUGACAACAUGUUUGCAUGUUAUUACUGUACACUGUCAGCAUGGAGUCCAUCCUCCGGUUUUCUCAUGGCUGCUAGAGCUCUGGUCAGCUAUAAAUCAGAAGUGUUUGUUGAAGCUGCUAAAGGUAAAUAAAGUUUGUUUUAUACCUCAUUUGUAAUAUUUUGUCUGAGCUUUUUCCGUCGGCCUCAAGUCGCCAAAAACUCAGUUAAUGCAGAUUUGAUUAAUCAUGCAUUAACAAGGAUUUAGAAGAGCUGAAUGGUUGAAUUUAUACUCAGUUAAUGAUUAUGAAUGUUUUAGGUAUUUAUGGGAUAUUGUGAUGUUUAUAGACACUGAUAUGACUGUGCCACACCCUCCUAGCGUCAGCCGCUGUGACAGAUAUUUACACCGCAGAGUGUGACAACAAGCACGAGGAAUGUGUCACAAGAAGCCUCGAAUAAUAAUUCCCUUUGAGUAAUAUCUGCGCUUCGAGUUUUUGCUUCCAUGUGACGGCAGUUUUUUUUUAAUCAACCGGCUAAUUAACAAGCUGAACGGAUUGAUGAACCAAACGCCAGGGGGGGCAAACUAAAAUUGACCUUCUCUGUAAGCUCACUAACAGCAUCAAUGUCAAUUACUCGUAGAUGCCCUCCAGUUUUUCUCAGCCGAAUUUAUUUCACUGUCACGUUACUUCUCUGUUUGUGUUUGUGUGGACUCGAACUCAGUGAACCGAGUCGGUCUGAAGCAGCGCCGAUCAUUUUGUGAAGCAGUAAAAAAUUUUUAAAAAGUUUCCACAUGACCUCUCUUAGGAGGAUAUUUGCAGAACGCUUCCAUGUGUGAAUGAACGAGUGAGCGCCGGUUCAGUUUCAGUGACAGUGAGCUCAGCGGUGGGAGGCAGGAAUGUGGCUCCUCAGAGACUCUGCAGAGUUAUGCGAGCAUGGGCAGCAGCGUUGACUGAGUGAAAAUAGGAAAUCUUCUGCAUGUCGUAUGUUUAUGUGCAGUGGUUCUGAUGAAUUACCUCUCUUUUUGUUCUAGAUGGUGUUGACGGGAAACAGGCUCGUCGCACCAACUCCUCCACGCCACUGGGAGAGCUGUUCGACCACGGCCUAGACAGUUGGGCGUGCAUCUUCUUCGUGGCCACCGUCUACUCCGUAUUCGGGCGCGGGGAUAGCGGCGUAGGCGUGGGCACGUUGUAUUACAUCCUGUGGGUGGUGCUGUUCUCUUUCAUACUGUCACACUGGGAGAAAUAUAACACUGGCAUCUUGUUCCUGCCCUGGGGGUACGACAUCAGCCAAGUGGUGAGGACUCACAUCAAAACACAGAUGAGCCUGAAUAUGAAAUAAGAGGAAAUAAUCUGCAUGUUAAAAGUGGGGAAGGCAGGAUCUGAGGAAGCGCCAGUUUUUUUGAGAAAUCUUGAAUGUAAACUCUCUCCCUCUCAACCAGUUUUCCCCUCAGCUCCACAAAAACAGCCCACAAACAGACGCUCCCUUCAGAUCAUUACAAAUGGGGCCCAGUCAAGGUGAAAGUCAAAAGCAUUGGUGCUACUGUAGAUGCCAACAGACUACCAGCAAACACAAUGUUUGCAGGCCUUCUACAACUAGGAUAAAGUGACAUAGUCCAGGACCCGAGGGAGGACAGUUUAGCGAUGGCGCUACAACACGCUACAGCAGGUCCGUUUGACAAGAAACACUUCUGUUACAGACACUUGUCUUACUUUGUUAAAGCGGUUUACCUGUCCAGCAGAAAGGUUACAGGGUCACCAAGAUCCCGAAGCAUCCCCAAUCGUGUAUGCGUUAUUGAUGUUGGCCCGGCUUUUUAGCUCUUGUCCGGUCUACUUCCUUUUUAAGCGCCCGUUAUUCCGCCAGAGUCUUUGGUAUUUACUCUGUUUUCUUGCUUGUGUCGGCAGUCGUGGCCAAUGGAGGAGUCAGACAAUUUUCGGUACUUUCUGGUUGGUUUCUACUGUCCAAUAUUGUAGUAUGCUAACAGGUUGGGGAGGUGGAGAAGGGCUUUGUUUACAGUCAGAAAGAGCGAUGUUGUUAUAUUCCCAAAUGUCAUCAAUGACUAUUAGCUGUUGACUGAUAUUUAAAGCUUUUUUGUAAAUACACCACAAAAAAAGAUGCUUCUUUAAUGGAUUCCUGCCUAUCCCACCUGUAGAUGAUAAGCUGUGACUCCUUGCCUUCUUUGGGUGGUGAGCUAGCUACCAUCACCAUGACAACAAUCCCUUAAGAUAACUCUGCGUAUGUCAUUACCUUCCAGACCAUUUCCCUUGUCUACUUGGUCACUGCUGUGGUCGGGGUAGAAACAUGGUACCAGCCAAUCCUGUUCCAUUUCCUGUACAGAGACCUCUUCACCUUUAUGAUCAUUGGUAAGCUGUGAUUGAUCCCUCUGAUCCUGUCAUUGGAUAGAGCAGCAACGAUAACAAAAUUCAUUUUGGUUUCCAGCGUGUUCCUUCACUGUGACCUUACCCAUGAGCCUCUUCAACGUCCACAAGUAAGCCAACCUUCAGACGCUUUCACUUUGUAAUUCAGAAAAAGUUUAAAAACAAAGAGACCAGUUUAAAGAAUUCAGUAUUUUGUAUUCCAUGUUAUUACAUUUUUGACCUUUCUUUGUUUCAGAGGGUAUCGCAACAACACACUGAAGCACAGCAGCCUGUACGAAGCCUUCCUGCCCUUCCUCUCUCCCGUCCUCCUCUUCAUCCUGUCCACCACGUGGGUGAUCUUCUCUCCAACCAACAUCCUGGAGCAGCAGCCCAGAGUGUUCUACCUCAUGGUCGGGACAGCCUUCGCCAACGUCACGGUGAGCAUCUCCUACAAUUUUGAGUUAGACACCCUGACGAGAGAUAAAUGUAACGACCGCCUGAUAGCAACACAACUCACCUACUCUCUUCCAGCUGCCGCUUGUUUGUAGCGAGACCUCGGGACAGUCCAUUACAGACUACAGCGGGGUGCCGCAGCUCAAGAAAGAACAUUUAUGAACUACCGGGUCUGCAGUGCAAAAUGAUUAAUAUGAUGAUUAUUACUUAAAGGAAAUGAUAAAAAAAUGAUCAUAAAUGUUCUUCCUUGAGCUGCGGCACCCUGCUGUAGUCCGUAAUGGACUGGCCUGAGGUCUCGCUGUGUUUAGUCUCUUCGCUAAAGAAAUUAGGCAAAGUUAAAAAGAUGUUUGGUGGCAAGGACCCUAUAUGUCCUGUUGAUGAAGUUAGGUGCUGUUCUGAGCAUUAUUUUUUACUAUAGAGUGGCAUUUUGGUUGAGGUUUUUUUAUGGCUCCUCAGACCACCGUGUAUUGCUAUCGUGCGGUCGUUUCUAAAGUUGGUAUAACUAGAGAAGCAAGCGGUCGGCAACAUUCAUCUUUUGAGGAAGUGUCUAACUUGAUCCUAAAUUAAUUUUACGCUGGAAUAUCCCUUUAAUUUCAACGUCUGUUUCAUCGUGUGUGAAUCUCUGUCUUUAUCCUCCAGUGUAAGCUGAUCGUGUGUCAGAUGAGUAACACACGUUGCCAGGCAUUGAGCUGGCUGUUGCUGCCAAUGUUGCCGGUGGUGUUGCUAGCGGUGACGGGGGUGGUCGGCAACGAGACGCUACUGCUUCAUGUUUGGACGGCGGCGGUUGUACUAGCACACAUACACUACGGCGUGUCGGUGGUAAGAGCACACACACAGGGUCUCUGCAGACAUAAGGGGGGAGACGAUCAGCUUUCAUUGGCGUUGAAUUGAAUGUUUCGCUCUGUGAACCGCAGGUACAGCAGCUCAGCAGCCACUUCAACAUCCUGGCCUUCUCCCUGAAGAAGCCCAACAGUGACUGACAGGAGGAGGAACGAAUCGGCUUGAAAGCAGCGGAGGUCUAGGCCUCUCCUCUCCUCUGCUUAUCGACACUUCACUCUCAUCACCACGGAAACCGCAUCCUCUCCUCUCCAUCUCUGAGGACACUGCAAGUGGAUCCGAUCGUGGCCCCUUUUUUCCACUUUCCCCAAACAAACACACUCUCUCACACACACACACACACACACACACACUCACAAACACACAUUUCUAACCAACCGAACUCUGGUCUCGGCGAUGGAGGCGGGCCCAGGAGCUCUGGCCGCCGUCAUUGGUGAUUGGCUAACAUGGUUGAGCCAAUAAGGUGCAAUUGUUUCCUACGGAAAUGUGCUUCAGCCGCGAGGACAAGAGCCCUGAAGACACACGCAAACACAUUAUUCUGCUUUCGUGCAGACUUCUCGUGGCUUUUAUUCCAAACGCAAACACAGCCACACACACAAACACACCCACACACUUGCAUUCACACAGUAUUAUGAAUGUAUAAUAUGCCUUGGGGAAUGGCCAUUUAAGUUUUAUGAUAUUAUCAGGAAUGCCUCAAUUAGUGUUGUCUCGACCUCGACCUAACCUUGAAAUUCUGGCGGGUAACAUCCACAUCUGUCCAGAGGUUCUCAGGUCAGUCAGCGUUUUAUCAUCAGAUGAUUUUCAGUUUGGAAUCUCAGUGACGUUUGUUGAUAGUUAUUAAUAUUAAUGUGUGUUUAGGGGGUUUGGGGCAUUUUAAUUUCAAACUGAUAUGAAAGUUUAAAAAAAAACGAAUUAAUUCUCCUGUGAAACUUUGUGAAGAUUUCCCUCUAAUUAGUACUAAACUCUGCUCUGUGGUGAUGGCUAUCAGGGGGGACAGAGUCGGAUUUUGACCAAACCAGGGCGAGAAAUGACCGGGCUGACCUUUUGAACCUAACUUUCCCUCCUCUCUGUCUGAGCACCGGCCUCUCGGCUCUCCCUUCCUUUCUGAGGUGUCGUGUCUUCAUGCUGAUUCGUCGGGUUUCUUUUACUCUUUUUUUUUAUUUUAUUUUUUUAUACGCCUAUUCUUUUUGUCUGCGUGUCGCUCAGUCGUGGUUUGCGGUUUCGUUGCGCGGCGCUUGAAUGAAGAGUGUGUUCAAAACCCGUCAAAGGAGCGGACGCACUCUGAGGGAACAAGCGGCCGCACGGGACACCGCAAACGCCGCAACACCACACGGCGACACGCUACUCAUCACACGCACACACACGUUAUCACACCUUUUAUACUGUCUGUCGGAUAUUUUCAUGUUUGUCUUUUUUCAGUCUGUUAAACACUGUUCGUCUGCGUGAUUCGAAUAUGAAGCGGAGGAUGGAUUUUCAGUUGUUGCAGUCUGGAUUUCGGUUACUGAUCAGACUUGUUUUCACUGCAGGGCCAAAGAAGGUUUGAUGGAUCAUCUACGUCGUAACCCUGUCCGUCUGUCGGUGUGGUCGUAGUUUGAAAGGAAAUAAGUUAUUUUGAGUGUUUUGAAGACCCUGUUGGCCUUUCAGUUUCAAUUUUUUAAACCUCUAGAGAUUUUCUGGGUAUGCUCACGACUUUCUUGAUUCACGCUUGGGUGCAGCUUUACAAAGCUCUUGAAUUUUAGCCCCUGAUGUCUGGUUAGGUGCUUGUUUCUGUAAACCAUCAGGUCUAUUGACUGUGUAUUACUACGGACGCCACGCCUCUACGCUCCUCACCAAGAAAUGCGCACAACUAGUCCACAAGUCGAAUAAAUCUUACAUUUUCUCUUAUUGCACUUCCUCUCUUCUGCAGAUAAGGAGCCAUCAUUGGUUACCAGAGCUGUCAAUCAGCUGUCUUAACAAAGCCAGCAUGAUUGGAAGUAUCUUAAACAGCAAAAACAUCAUCUGAGGUUUAUUUUAAGAGUUGUGAUGUAGCCGGUUAAAUUAAAUACUCGGGCUUAACAUUUCAUUAAAAUCCGUGGCGUCCAAUAAAUACACAGUCAAUGACCUCUCCAGAAUGUGUGAAUUAAGUCGUGAGUAAUCAUUGCUGGGAAAGCCCGUUCCUGCUUCAUGAACAGCUGGUUUAAUUGGGAGUUGGUCUGAAUGUUCAUCAUCUCAGUAGGUUCCUACGGUUAACAUGUGAAGCAGUAAACGGGACACUAUAGAUACCAUGAAAAGAAUGAAGUUCUGAGUUCAUCUAACAAUCAUCUUGAAGUUUUCGAAGCAGCACUGAACAUUUCGACCACAGCUUUGCGGCUGUCCCUGCAGUACGAAUGUAACUGGGAGAAGCUAUUUGAGAUGCGAAUCUACUGCCAUUACACCCUGUAAAGAAGCUCACUCUGACUCGCCGUACUUCUGCCACUGGAUGAAGCUCGUGUGCACAUUUUAAAAGUCGGACGUAUUUCUACUGAAGCCCCUCAUCUGUGACUCUGAAAGAAAAGUAGUGAUGUGAAAACAACUGUGACAGAGACUUUACUGUUUAUCUGGUGAGUACGUGCACUGUCCGAGUGUGUGUACAUCUGUGUGUACAAGCCUGUUAGUGUACUCUGUAUGUGUGCAUAUCUGUGUAAAUACAUGUAUUAUUUCUGUAAUUUUGAUUUUUUUUUAUUUUGAGUUAUGAAUGGGAUUGUUUUCUGUCAGGCUGAUUUCACCAAACAUUUGCCCAGAGGGUGAAAAUCAGCAGAUUUAUCAUCAGCGACCGAGGCGCAGGAGACUGAUUUUUUUUACUGUCACAGUUGAUCUCUUUGUUUGGUCAUUUUUAGGAUUUGUUCUCAGUAAGAGGGGGACGGGCUCUGGGUGUGAAAACCUUCAACCUAGGCUGCCAACAUUACAGACAAUAGAAAAUGUAACACAGGAUCUCAUUUCAUAUCACUUCAGCUGGGUAGGAAACUGUGCCAUCUAAUGAAACGUUUUUAAAAAAGAGGCAGAUUAAAUUAUUUAAUGAGUUAACUCUUAUCCAGCUGCUAUUAAAUCUCAUUAGUUUAAUUACGAUAAAAAAAAAAUUACCUGCUAAUUUUCUGGGCAUUUAUUUUGUAGUGUUCUCUUCAGCGUCACUCACCACUUUCUAGAAAACAGUCCUAAUCCCCUCUGGAUCACUGAACUGAGCUGCUGAUAUUGUGACUAAAUUGUUUAAGCUGCCCUGGCAAACACAGCGGGGGGCUUCAGUGUGGCUAUUUGUGAUGUUGUAUUUAACCUUUGAGAGAAAGGACUGUCCAGAAACAAAUAAAAGAACAUUUUCUUUAACCACUUUCA